AUGUCCGACUCUGAAUCGGAUGAGGAGAGCGCGGGCGACCUGCGGGUGGGUGUUUUAGCGGGCGCAGUGGACGACGCAGUGAAAGAUCCAGCAGGAGUCAAAAAACGGGCCAUAUUGCUUAGCACACUCAGCGAAUCUACCUACAAACUGGCAGCUGAUCUCGUGUUGCCUAAAGAAGUUCAAGAAGUACCAUACGAAGAUAUAGUAAGUGCUUUGGACAACCAUUUCACUCCAAAAUCAGUGGGUUUUGGCGAGCGUCAUCAUUUUUAUGCCACCACACAACUACCCCAGGAGUCACCAUCACAGUGGGCUGCGAGGUUACGAGGUCUCACUGCUCAGUGUGACUUCAGCAAUGUAGAAGAGGCAUUAAGAGAUCGAUUCAUUAUGGGUAUGCUGCCGGGCGUGGAAAAAGAAAAAAUGUACGUGCAGGAGCUGGCCGGGCUGACCUUCGCCAGGGCUGUGGAGUUGACCGAGAGCUUGCGCAGCGCCCGCUCGUCUGCUGCUGCAAGCGCUGCUACUGAGGCUGUCGUUACAGAGCUGUACAAAAUAGGCAAACGUUCUCCGACUAGUGUACCUCAAAGUGCAAAAGUGAAGUGUUCCGAACAAUAUCCCGCUGUGUUCUCGGACAAGCUAGGUCAAUUUAACAAAUAUAAAGUUAAUUUGAGAUUAAAAGAAAGUGCUCAUCCUAUAUUUUUUAAACCACGACCGGUCGCAUUUGCUCUGCGUGAAAAAGUAGAAAAAGAGAUAAACCGUUUGGUGGGACUGGGAGUACUCCGACCAGUCGAGCAUUCCGACUACGCGUCACCAAUAGUCCCGGUACUGAAACGUGACGGUUCGGUCCGUAUCUGCGCGGACUACUCUGUUACUAUAAACAAGCAGUUAGUUGUAGAACAGUAUCCGUUGCCUACCGUAAACGAGUUGUUUUCUAAAUUAUACGGAGGCCAGAAAUUUAGUAAAUUAGAUUUGUCUAUGGCCUACGGACAGUUUUGUCUGGAUGAAGAAUCCCAAAAAUUAACUUGUAUCAAUACGCAUAAAGGGAUCUUCGCGUAUACGCGUUUGGUGUUCGGGUUAGCUAGUGGGCCAUCAAUUUUCCAGCGAGCCAUGGAUACAGUGCUAGCGGGCCUGGACGGCACGCUGUGUUUAUUGGACGAUGUGCUUAUAACGGGUCGCAAUGACUCUGAACAUCUUGAGAGACUGCAUCAGGUCCUACAACGGUUGCAAGACGCAGGAUUUGUUUUACAGAAGUCUAAAUGUCAGUUCGAACCACAGACAAGAUCGCACAGUCACGCCAUGCAGCGUCGAGGCCCCACUGAAGACUACAAUGAGCUAUGCACCAUCCAGUAG